UUAAAAACAGUUGCUUUACAAACAUACCUCAACGCCACAGCUCUUGAACGCCUCCCUCACAGAACGUGUAAAAAAGUAAAAGCCUAAAAGCAUGGCGGAGAGUCUGAAGAUGAAGAUCGCCGUGCUGGGAGCCACUGGGCAGACUGGACAGUAUCUGGUCAACCAGGCGCUGCAGCAGGGUCACACAGUCACCGCCAUCGUCAGGAACCCGGGAAAACUCAGCUUGCAUCAUGAUAAUCUCAAGAUGGUGGAAGCUGAUAUUUUCUCAGCAGACAGUCUGAAGACUCACUUCAAAGGACAGGAUGUGAUCAUGUCCUGCCUCGGCUUCCCGGUCUCCUUCUUCUCGGCGGUGACGGGCUACACACUGUCCAUGAACAGUGUGAUCAGCGCCAUGCGGGAGUCCGGGGUCAACAGGAUCAUCACCAUGAGCUCAUGGUUCACUGAGCCUAACUCUGCAAGGCAGUCACCUUAUGUCAUCCGGUUCCUCCUGUUGCCAAUAAUCCGAGGCGUCCUCAACAACAUGCAUGAGAUGGAAAAGCUUCUGGAGACGUCUGAGGACAUCAACUGGACUGUGGUUCGCCCACCUGGUCUAAAGAACCUGCCGGCCUCAGCUCAGGAGUUUCUGACCCAUGAGGGAUACUUUGUGCCCAACAGCGGUGGUAAUGCAGUGGGAAGAGGAGACGUUGGCUUUUCAUGCCAAAAAAAAAAAAAAAGACGCUCGGGGGAGGGGUAUUUUCUAAAAGCAGGGGAGAAAAGAGAGCAAGAAAGAAAAGAGACUAACAAGACAUAG